AGGAGGGCAUGAGAUAAACCCUGGUAGCACAUUCUGAGACAGACAGACAUUCGAUUGACUGUUACUGUGCUAAAUUCAGGAUUGUCAUCCGCGUGAAUAUGACUCCUCCACGGAUAUUUGGAUUCUCUCUCCAUAGCAACAGAGCGUCGGGACCCAGCUGGGGAGUGUUUUAUCUAGCUCUGCUCUGCCGACGAAUGGCAGAGCAGAGCACAGGGAGGUAGAGACAGAAUUAAAAAAACUUGCAUUCACUUCAGCUGUGUUACUGUGCGAUUGUUUCUCUUAGAUCAGCAGGCAGAUCGACAAGCAUUUCCACGCAGAUACCAGAGACAAAUGGAGAGAUGCAACAAUUUCCCUCUUCACUUGAUCUGCCUGAGACUGAAUCACCCCAGCGCGUAUCCUUUUGUGUCAGAGACCCAUGUGUCCUCCUCAAUCAAUCCCCCAAGACCGACUGUGGGUUAACCCGGCAGACAGAGCCCCCUCCUCAGCCUCCCUCUCCCUGUCUGUGCCUCUAAUGUUGCUCUGUUCCUGCUUUGCCAGUUUCUAUUUACCCCAGCUAAGUAACCUUCCUCUUUCUGCAAAGCUCUCGCCCUUACUCUCGCUGUCUCCCUCUCACUGCUUGCUAUCUCCCUACCCUAGCUUCUUCAAAGCCAGCAGCUUGCUUUUCUCUCCAGGCUGCUUGCUACAUGAUCUCUUGGAAAACAGCGCUCGAGGCUGCUCUCUCGCUGCUCGAUGCCGGAGCACUCUCAGAUUUUCAUCUCAAGAACGUCAAGAUGCUCCUGCAGAGGGAUUGAUCCCACCUUUUCCCCUCUCGUUCUCCCCUUCCCCUCCCUUUUCCUAAUCUCCUGACCUCUGACCCUCACGCCCCCUUCUCUUUCCCGACACCCCUUCCCAUUCUUCCUCACCCCAAGUCUCCACUCCUCCUCUCUGCUCUUACCCUGUUGACCAUGUUGCCAUGUGUCUGCUGGCUCCAGCCUCUCCUCGUCUUGCUGUCCUCUGUCUUACGGGCUCAGGGGGAAAACUGCCCAGCGAGCUGCAUGUGCCCAGAUCCCCACACUGUGGACUGCAGCGGCCGUGGACUCACCCUUCUUCCUGAUGAGAUCCCCUUGGACGUCCGCAGGCUCCUUCUGUCUGACAACUGGAUCCCCCGCAUUCCCUCUGACUUCCUAGUGCUCUACAGUGACCUGGUCUACCUGGACCUGCGGAACAACGCUCUGUCCCACAUCGAGCCGGGCACCCUCAGCACCUCUUCCAGGCUGGUGUUUCUGGACUUGGGCAGCAACAACCUGACUGACAUCCCCUCGGGCACCUUUGGGCAGUCCCGUAGCCUGAUCAAACUUCGCCUGGGUAACAACCCCUAUCUGAGCAUGGUCAACGAGGACGCGUUCCUGGGCCUCACCUCGCUGCGUGAACUGGAGCUGGAGCGUAAUGCCCUGUCUGGCCUUCAGGUGGGGGCGCUGAGCCAGUUGCCUUCUUUGCGGGUGGUGAGGCUGGAGGGCAACCCUUGGGUGUGCAACUGCAACUUUGCCAACCUGUUUGCAUGGCUGGAGGAAAACAGUCACAAGCUUCCAAAUGGAGUGGAGGGCAUAGAGUGUUCACUACCCAUGGAUGGCAGACAGGUGUCCCUGAGCCAGCUCUCACAGGACAGCUUCCGGGAGUGCCAGAUCACCCUUACCUUAACAGACUUACUUAUCAUCAUCUUCUCCGGCAUCUCUGUGUCUGUAGUGGCCAUCAUGACCAGCUUUUUCCUGGCCUCCAUUGUCCACUGUUUCCAGCGUACAAGCAAAACCUCUAAGGGAGAUGAGGAGGAGAGUGAGGAGUGAGACUGUCUUAGCCCCAGAGCAUGCCUGAACUGACACUUCAUCUGGUUCAACCUUUAGACCAGGCUGCUACCCAACAACAACUUUCCGCCUCACACUGGUAGAGAACUGGGAGAGGGAUAGACUGUUUUAGAGGCACAUUUUGCAGUGGAUUGUGGGGUUUCAUUAGAGCCCUGAUAUUGCAGGAGAUAUUGUCCUCUCUAGGUGGGAAAAAUGUAUAAACAUGUCCCAGUAUGAAUUAUAGUCACAGACAGAAUAUACAAUACUCUCUGUCUGUGCUGUUGACAGUAUACACUCUUAGAAGUAAAAAGGUCUGGAAUAUCUUUUUGGGGUUCUAAAAAUUGCCACAGAGGUGGAACCUUUCCCAUUCAAAAAGUUUCCCUGAGGAACCCCUCUGAAAAGAUUAUUUGAAGAACCCUUUGCUACAUUGAAACAUUAAAGGUUCCUCCAAGAACGUCUCAACUAACCAAAGGUGCAAAUAUGAACCAUUAACCGUCAAUGCUUCCUUGAGGUACUCCAAGCAUUCCUUGGGGAUCGCCAGGGUUACUGAUGUCUCCACUAAUUCUAAGAGUGUACUGUGGUUGCUCUUUGGAAACAUACUGUAUAGCUCUGUUAUACACACAAAUUCACUGGUGGCUGAUGAUUCCAUAGGAACACCAAGAUGUAGAAAAAAUCUCAAACAAUGUUUAGAAAGAAUUGCAUGUUUUGCAGUUAGCUUUUCGGUGCACAGACUCAAACAAAGACAUGCAUUCUUUGACGAAACAUCUCCAAUCAACAGUGGAUGGACAGAAGAGAAAAGCAAAUAAUACAGACUUUACAGGAAAACUAUUUACAUUUUAGGUUUGACAUUUUUACAUCUUAAAGAUGUUUAUACAGUCAUCAAACUGUGAAUAAUUGUGAAAUGUAUUAACAGCACUAGCUAUAAGUAGCAGCAGGCUCUUUUAAAACCCAAAAUGAAUGCACUGAGCAAGUGAAAACGUUUGUAGGAGGAUACUGUAUGUGUCAUAUUGAAUCAGGGCCUUAGACUGCCAGCCAUGUAAAACACAUGAUACACUAUAUGGAGUGUCCUACCUUCUCAAGGAGGUUUUCAACAGGUUUUAUUCUGAGAUUGCUUCACAAGUUAGCUAGCGUUCUACAAAAAUGGCUUUGCUGUUUCAGCAUGCGAUAGUGAUUCAGGGCAGCAGCCUGGGUAAGAGGGGUGUGCUGUGAUGGACAAUAUAAUGAAUCUGACACAUGCAGAUAGACUGCGAUGUAUAGGUCUACAAAUGGUUUUAUAUACAGUAUAUCUCCACAAAUGUCUGUGUCGAUGGAAAUAUAGUAACAAAAUGUUAGACAAAGAGGAUAAAUGCUUCCUAGAUUGAGAAUUGUGAAUUGUGUAAAAUUCCAUGCAUAUAUUCUCAUAAUCAAUGAGAAUUAAAUAGGAUUGAUGUGUCAAAUACUGCACUUUAAAUGGUGACCAUUGUACCUGAGUUUGGCCCAUAAAUUCAUAGAGUGGACUAGUGUUACCUAUAUCUGCCAAAGAUUAGGUGUAGAGGAAAUUGGUAUUAGGAAUUUACAUGUGGAUUAUGUUGUGUACAGUGUAGGAGAGUUGGUCUUUGAAAGGAAUCUGCAGUAUAACCAAACAUUUUAUCAAUGUAAUUGUAAAAUCACUUAUUUAUGGUCUCCAUGCAGAUUGCAAAUUGCUUCAAACCUUGGAUAGGUUACUUAUUCAAAAUGAUCAUUCCAGCCAUUGGUGUUCCCUCAAAUGCAAAGAAAAAUUACAUUAUAUACAGUACCAGUAGAAAGAUUGGACACAUGUACUUAU